CAGGAAACAGAAUCUGAGCAAACCUAGAAGAUUAUCCUCUUGGAAGGAAGUUGGAAGACAAGUGGAGUAAGAUGUUUCCCUCAUUUCCUACCAUGACUGUACUUGUCCCGCUGUUGUCUUUAGUUGGCCUCUUCUAUUCAGCCAGUGUAGAUGAAAACUUCCCCCAGGGCUGCACAAGUACAACCAGCAUAUGUUUCUACAGCCUGCUGCUUCCAGUUACAAUACCAGUUUAUGUAUUUUUCCAUCUUUGGACCUGGAUGGGCCUUAAACUUUUUCGCCACAACUAGAUUGUGCUUAACUCUUUAAGAAGCCUCUUAAAAUAAAGAAUGAAGUUUUUUGAAAACUGGUUUCUUAAUAUUCUGGCCUUUAUAGUACACCUGAAAUGAAACGGAGGCUAACUAUCUUCAGAUGCAAGUACAUCCAAGCAAAUUGAAAAGUCCCUUGCUCAUUAGGGCAUGCCUACUCAAAGCACACAGGAAUAUCAAACAAGAAAUCAAAUAUGAAAAUCAAGAAAGCAAUACGAAGGGAUACAAGGCAAGUCUUCUUUCAAUGAAGGAUCUUAGGCAUGCAACAACGCAGUCUGGAUGUGUAGGAAAUGUCAUUUUUCUAAUCUUUGGUGAAAAAAAAAUUCUGCAGAAUUAUUCCAAAAGACAGUUUCAUUACCUGAUGAUUACAGGCAAUUAUUUAUAUAGACUGAGUACAAAAUAGUGUUUUGUCAAAUCCAUAGAUGAAAAGCUCUGAAUGAAUUAGUAUUUGAAUGUUAGUACAUUCAAAUACAUUUCAGCUCGGAAUGUGUAAGAGGGUCACAGGUAAACUAUAUGUAAUAGUGUUCUUGGCUUACUGACAAUGUAAUGUUAGACUUGAUUUCUCUUUGAUGAAGCUGCACUAUUGUUCUGUACAGACCCAGGAUUUUGAACUCAGAUCCACAAAUACAAUUGUGUUGUGUCACAAAAGUUGACACUAAAUGAAAAAUAACAAAAUUGAAUAGGAAAUGGUUUCUAAUAAAGCAUCUGCAGUGCCUA